AUGGGCGAGUUAGUUAAGUGCCUCAAACCUCUUCAGGUUGCAACAACAGUGCUGUCAGCGGAGAAGAAUGUUAGCGCCUCUAUCGUCCAUCCAAUUAUUAGAGGUUUGGUGAGGAACCACAUGGAGCCGCUAGAAGCCGACUCUGCACCUAUUACUGAGUUCAAGAUAGUAGUGGCCAGGGAUCUCGAGCAUAGAUUCUGCUCUGAGGGAGCGAAAGAACCACCAGCAAAGAAGACCAAAGAAGCAUCUGGCAAGGACUUUUUACUUGGAACCAGCGGAGCCAGUGAAAAAUCCAAUGUCGAUGUGGCUGCAGUUGCUCAGUCAGAGUUUGAUAUGUACAUGCGUAGUCCCCCACUGGACAAUGAGACAGACCCCAUGAACUGGUGGCGAGAUAACAGUAAGCUUUUCCCAACUCUGUCAAGGCUAGCACAGAAGUUCCUCGCCAUCCCUGCAACCUCAGUACCCUCGGCUGCUGGGAACAUUGUCAAUAGCAAGAGAAGUCUCCUACUUCCAGAAAAUGUCAAUAGGUGUUCCUUAACAAGAUGA